AUGAAAACUGAGUUAACAAGCCUUCAAUCUUAUAUCGUAUUCUAUUUAUUCACCACAUUUUCAAGAACUAACGAACGCACUGUGAGGGCACUAUAUGACUUUGAGGCUGCAGAGGACAAUGAACUAUCCUUUGUCAGUGGCGACUUGAUUACCGUAACGGACGACAGUGCACCAACCCCGGCAGUAACAACAAUCGAUGAAUCUGUUCUGUUGCGUUGCAUACAAAUGCUAGAAGAUUGUGAUCCUACUGGUGAAACACCUGAUCCUCCAGAACUGGCUAAGGUAAUUUUACUCGCCUCAUCUCUGUAUGAAUGCGAGCAGUUUGUCUUGAUUUUCUUAGCAAACUUCUUUACUAUCUUAUCAUUUUCUUCAGAUUGA